AUGGCCAAAUAUAGACACUCGUUACCACAACUUUCCGAUAAAUUCUUCAUUAGUAAUGGUGGCUUGGAGACUAAUCUUGUCUAUCAUGAACAAGUGAAACUUCCUUGCUUCGCUUCAUUUGAUGUAUUGAAGACUGAAGCCGGAUGCGAAUGGAUGAAAAAUUACUUACGCAAGUUUGUCAAUAUUGCCCGAAAAUAUGAUGUCGGAUUUAUUUUGGAAAACGCAACAUGGCGUGAUAAUCCAGAUUGGAUGCGAAAAAUUGGCUAUUCUGACCAAGAUGUGGUGAAUGUGAACCGCAAGUCCAUUGAAUUACUAUGCAAUAUUCGUAAUGAAUAUGAAACGGAAAAUUGUCCGAUAGUUCUUAAUGCAUCUAUCGGUCCACGUGGUGAUGGAUAUAAUCCUCUGACGAUGAUGUCAAUUGAAGAAGCACAAGCAUAUCAUGCGACACAAAUCGGCAUUAUCAGUCAAACCAAUGCAGACAUGAUCACAGCUAUGACAUUUAGCUAUCCUGAAUAA